UUAUUUGUGCUAUAGGCACCUCCGUACAUCAUUGAUAGUGGUCUUGAAAGAUGAUAAAGUAUAGAACAUAAUAACCUGCAGUGUCAGUAAGCAAGAAUAGACAGCAAUAGCAAUGAUAGGAGAUGAUACUCAGUUGCCAUAACAACUCACCACAUAGUAACUAAAUCCCCAGAUGGUGGAAAGAUUUUGAAACAUCAAUGUAGAGUUAAAUUUAGCACUUUUGAAUAUGAUUUAUAGAAACGAUCACUGAACUUACUGAGUAUUUUAAAACCAAGUAUCAUUUUAGCCAUUAGUAAGCUACAUUUAUAUACAGUGGUUGAUGCGUUUGAUGGUGACACAUUUACAUUGUGCACUAAGAACAUGAAGCAUUACCUAUGCCAGGGUUUCGAAGCAGAUUCAGCCAUGAAGUACAUACCUUAGUGAAGAAGAGACCCCGAAGAAGCGCAAAAACGUCGUUCGAUUUGUUUUACCAUGGACGAACUACCAACAACCGAAUUUCGUGGACCUAUAUUUCCCGCCAACAACUGUACAGGUGGUAUUUGUGACGGGAGCGUUUGUCUUUGUGGAAAUAGCUACUACGAUGAAUCAGACGCGGGUGAAAAUGCUCCUCUAAUCUCUUAUGAGUCGGCAACACAAAACGAUACCUAUUUUACCGACGUUCACUGCCACGAAUUCAAGCCUAUAUUCUCGAACAAAACGGCAAGGAGGAAGCUAACGAUUGCUAGUAUUGUCUGCCUGUUUUUCGUUAUUGCUGAGGUGAUCGGCGGUUACUUGGCUCACAGUUUGGCCAUCAUGACAGAUGCAGCUCACAUGCUGUCAGAUUUUGCUGCAUUUCUCAUCAGUUUGUUUGCUAUUUGGGUGGCAAAGUGGCAACCAGACAAAAAGAGAACUUUUGGUUACUACAGAGCAGAGGUAUUAGGAGCCUUGGUAUCAGUUCUUAUCAUCUGGGUUCUAACCGGCAUCCUGGUUUAUCUUGCUGUUCAAAGAGUAUUGACUCAGGACUUUGAAAUUGAUGCUGAUAUUAUGAUCAUCACUGCUGGCAUAGCUCUAGCCAUUAAUAUAUUACUUGGAAUUAUUCUGCACCAAGCUGGUGUGCCACAUGGACACAGCCAUGGUGGCGGUGGCAGUCAUGGUCACAGUCAUUCAUUCAAUGGAUCUGUUAACCAUUCACAUUCAAAUUCCAUGGCACAGCGAACAAGAAGUAAUAGUGUCUAUGAGAAAGAGAACAUAAAUGUCCGUGCUGCCUUUAUUCAUGUGCUUGGCGAUGUUGUACAGAGUGUAGGAGUACUUAUUGCAGCGUACAUUAUCAAAUAUAAGCCAUCGUGGAAGAUUGCAGAUCCUAUUUGCACCUUUCUGUUUUCUAUUCUCGUAUUAAUCACAACCUUGAAUAUUUUGAGAGACACUAUACAUGUUCUAAUGGAAGGUACUCCUAAGAACAUUAACUACAAUGCUGUGAAAGGAGGUUUAGAGAAUAUCCAGGGUGUGGUUGCAGCACAUAGUCUUCAUAUUUGGUCUUUAACUGUAAACAAAGCAGCACUUGCUGUUCAUUUAGCAGUUGCUCCUGGGACUGACACCCAAAAAGUUCUAAAUAUUGCCCACCAAAAGUUAAAGACAGAUUUCCAGAUAUUUCACAGUACAAUUCAAGUUGAACUGUACCAAGAAUCAGUGAUGACAAACUGCAAUGAAUGCCAAGAUCUUAAGGAUUAGAGUACAUGUAUCUCAGCAAUCCAACCAAGCCUACAACAACCAUUGUGCUAGUACAAAGCAUAAUCCUGGAAGCAUGUACGCACAUUCCAAAGAAAAACAUGAAUUUUUUAUUCAUGGCCCAUGUCGAUUUAGCGAGAUGAUUGAAAAUUUAAAGAUGGAAAUAAAUAAUAUAGAAAACUAA